GGUUUAUGUUAGCUGAUCAGUGUAUUAAAAAGCGCGGUUUUGGUCAAAUAUUGAUACCACAUUUGAUGUUUGAUUCAGUUUCAGUUUUGACAAAGGGUGUUUUAACCCGUGAAGAUACAUUAAAGGGACACGCUAACGUUUUGAGUAACAACACAAAAUAUAGGCUUGUGUUGUCUCAGGCUUUACUCUGCUCUGAACUGAGUAAAAUCGACCUGAUACUUUGUUUUACACUCAAGACGAACUUUGUUUGGUUUUCUGGGUGUGUGCCUUACGUCAUUAUUCAUAAAUGCAUUACUGAAGGUUUAUGACAGUUUAUCAGUGCUCAAAAAGGGAAAAUGUAUGUCAAACCAUUCCUAACCUGUUGAUUCAUUCCUUAUUUGGUUUUCAUUCACACCUUAAUCCACGCCCGCUUCUGGAUCAUCCUCCGUCGGAACGGGAAUAAAUACAGAUGCAAACCCCUACACUGAAGAAUACAGUGAUUUACAAUGUUUGAUCUUUCAUCUCUGUCUGUGACCUGGACCCUGGUGGUUCUGGUCAUAACCCUCCUGUAUAUGUAUGGUGUUUGGCCACAUGGGUUUUUCAAAAAACUGGGAAUUCCAGGACCAAGACCUUGGCCUUUUGUUGGCACAUUUCUCUCCUACACUAAAGGCUUUUUUAAUUUCGAUAUGGAGUGUGCUAAGAAGUAUGGAAAAGUAUGGGGGAUCUAUGAUGGAAGGUUGCCGAUACUAAUGGUCACAGACCUGGAAAUGAUCAAAACGAUUAUGGUGAAAGAAUGUUAUUCUACCUUCACUAACCGAAGGGAAGUAAAUGUGGAUCUUGCUGGCCCCCUUGCUGAUGGAAUAACUUUAGUUAAAGAUGAGAGGUGGAAGCGAAUCCGUGGUACACUCUCUCCAUAUUUCACUAGUGGCCGGCUGAAGGAGAUAUUUCCUAUUGCUUUGACACAUGCUGAUCGGUUUAUUAAAAAUAUGCAAAAGGGAGACCACGAGCAGCCGGUUAAAAUUAAAGAGGUUAUGGCUCCUUACAGUUUAGAUGUGGUCACCAGCUCAUCUUUUAGCGUUGACAUCGACUCCAUAAACAACCCUGAUGAUCCUUUUGUUACCAACAUAAAGAACUUUUUAAAGUUCAGUCUGUUCAGCCCUUUAAUUCUUUUUUUGACUUUAUUCCCCUCUAUUGCAAUUCUUUUGGGGAAGAUGGGAAUAAGCAUGUUUUCAAGGUCAACUAUGAAUUUUUUCUACAAGGCCCUGAGAAAGAUAAAGGACGAGCACAAGGAUUCAAAUGGUCGGGUAGACUUUCUCAGACUCAUGAUCCAGAAUCAAAUACCUGAUGAUCAAGUGAAGGACACCACAAGUGAACAACCAGUAAAAGGAUUAACAGACCAUGAGAUUCUCUCCCAAUCCUUCAUUUUUAUCAUGGGUGGUUAUGAGACUACAAGCACGACUCUCUCUUUCCUCCUCUUUAAUCUUGCUACUAAUCCGGACUGCCUGGAAAAGCUGGUGGAAGAGAUUGACAAAAACUUCCCUCUUGAUACUCCUAUCUCAUAUGAUGCAUUGAUGAAAAUGGAUUACUUGGAAAUGGCCAUAAAUGAGUCAAUGCGUCUCCUUCCCACUGCCCCACGCCUGGAAAGGGUCUGUAAGAAGGCUGUAGAGAUGAAUGGCAUCAGCAUACCAAAAGACACACUGAUUUCAAUUCCUACAUAUGUUUUAAAUCGUGACCCGCAGCUUUGGGAUUCUCCUCAGGAGUUCAGACCUGAGAGGUUCAGCCCAGAGAAUAAGUCUGAGUUUCUCCAGUACGCUUUCAUGCCUUUUGGACUCGGCCCUCGAAACUGCAUUGGAAUGAGGUUUGCUUUAAUGAUCGUGAAGCUUCUUGUUGUGAAGCUGCUACAGAACUUCAGUGUGGAAACAUGUAAAGAGACACAGAUUCCUCUAGAACUGAAUCCUGUUUUCCAGCCAAAGGUUCCCAUCACACUGAAGUUCACACCAAGGAAAAGGAAUAAUUAAAAUACAGAACAUUCAUUCAUUGAUUUCAUUCAUUUUCUUUUCGGCUUAGUCCUUUUAUUAAUCCGGUGUCGCCACAGCGGAAUGAACUGCCAACUUAUCCAGCAUAUGUUUUACGCAACGGAUGCCCUUCCAGCAGCAACACAUCUCUGGGAAACAUCCAUACACACUCAUUCACACUCAUACACUAUGGACAAUUUAGCCUACCAAAAUCACCUAUACCGCAUGUCUUUAGACUGUGGGGGAAACCGGAGCACCCGGAGGAAACCCAUGCGAAAGAAGGGAGAACAUGCAAACUCCACACAGAAACGCCAACUGAACCAGCCGAGGCUCGAACUAGCGACCUUCUUGCUGUGAGGCGACAGAACUACCUACUGCGCCAAAAUACAGAACAUGUUAAUGUGAUUGUGCAGAUUAUUUUAUAAUAGAUAGACAGAAUUUUAAACAAUUACAUGGAGCAUAGCUUCAUUUUAAGUAGCCAUAGUUUACCGUAUGCUCAGUCUUUUUUUCUUUUCAACCUUUACAGCAUACUUUUUCAAUUCAUGAUGCUGAUGAUUCCCGAUUCAUUCAUUUUGUGUAGUUUAAAAUAUAAGAAAAACACUACAUGUCAAAAUGACAAUUCAGUUGUACGCAUGUCUAGUUAUAUAACAGUAUAAAUCAAACACUGAAUGCUGUAUAAUUAUGUGUAAAUAAUAAAUUCUUAAUGUGUCUGUUUAUCCAGUAUUUACCAUAAUUUUAGAGCUGAAUAAUUCCUUAAUGUAUAGUGUGCCUUUGUGGAUUUGAAACCUUGAUUUAGCAAAAGAUAUGAUGAAGAAACUUUGCCUUUAGUAACAAAUUUACAAACACACACAAAACAAUAUGUUAAGAGGUCUUUAGAAAAGAUCUUUUGAAACCAGAGGUAUAUAGAACAGUCACUUUCGGUUUUUACCUUGGUGACUUUUUGUUUUGAUUGAGCAAACACAGGUUUUGAGCUCAAGAAGGUGGUUUUGUUACUUUGAUAACUUACACUUUCUUUUGAGCUGUUGGUGAGCCUACAUUAUUAAAAUCAGUUGACUGAUUUGCAUUCAUAUGAUAAUAUUUGCUUUAAGUCUUCUCAAACUUUCACUGCAUCAGCAGUUUAUUUUGGCCUUGUGGAUGUGUUUUAAUUCAUUAUAUGUCUGUUAAUCUUCAACAAAGAAUUGGACAAUUGUCUUUCUUUUGUCAUGUGAUUGGCUGUCUGCUGCACGUGAUCCAGAGUUAAUCACUAAACCCUGAGUUAACAAAGAAAGCUCAUAUCAGUCAUGCCUUAACCUGAUCUUAACCAGUUAGAAUUUCUUUAGAUUUGUCAGCCUGAAGUUUACUCCAAAAACUAGAGUUUGUACAACUUUUGUUUAUGGGUGUACAACAUUUGUUUAUGGGUCAAUGAUGUGAUGCUCAUUUUUACAUGUCCAUGUCAUUUAAAUCAAUUCAAAAAGGUUACAGUUUCAAAAUAAAUAAGCAAAUUACUUGCAUACAUUCUCUA